AUGGCAUCCGCAUCAACAUCUUGGCGCACACAGUUGCGCUCGCCUCGUGCUACAGAGGCCCCGAAGGAGAGUGUUAUCACAAGACUACUGAUAUCCCCUCUGAUAUUCAUCUCCUUCCUCUUCUCUCUCGCGCUAAUCGACUCGCGCAACUAUUCUUUUCGACAACACUCCCAUCCCAACUCUCAAGAUGCCCCAACCACAAUUUUCGGACGUAUCAAGGCUUUCCUCCAUCCUAUAUUCUUUAAGCGCAUCUCCUCGCCUUAUGUUUAUGUUAAAUCGCCCGAGGCGAAGAGCUCUGGGGCCGGGAAUGGCACACGAGAGGAGGAACCGUGGCAUUGGCAUACGCACCAGAGGAAAAUGAUGAAGGCGGAGAUGGAUGAUGCGUUUAGGCUACGAAGGAGCGUUAUGCUUGUACUAAUUGGGCUUCUAAUUGGUACUAUACUGGUGCUUGCGACGGUGAUCAGGUGGGGAUGGGGGCUCUUGAUACGCAAGAUCGUGGAGAAUCAUGGUAUCGGCAUGUACUUGCCAUGGUGA